UCCCAAUCAAUAGCGCCAGACAGCUGAUUUAUAUAAUGGCCUCAAGCUGAAAUAGUGGUCUUUCUCUGCAUAGUGCUGCUGUGAAAGGGGAAAGGCUGCCGACCCGGAGACUCCACAAGUAGAUCUGUGGCCAUCUGUCAGUGUUCAUCAAUAUGUUCCCCCAUCAGCGAGCCAGAGGAGAACUGCCAGAGAGCAGCUUGCAGCAGGCCGGAUGCUGAAGAUGCCAGAGGAGGGUUAACACUGGAUUUGGGCUGCUGAGGUGGGGCUGCCACUGAGCAGGCACCCAGUGUCGGGAGCCUGGCCUUUUGCUCCGAGUGAGAAGGUAAAGAGAGUGGGAAGCCAGAGGCUUGCACACCCAAAGGAGACAUCUAAGCGGCAGCAAGCAGCGGCAGCAGCGAGGAUAGAGUGAGCUUGAUCCCAAACACGAGCCAGGUGGAACCCGAGAUGUCAUCGCUGGUGAAGGAAGACUUGGAGAAAAAACUGUUCAAGCCGCUGGCGCAGAAUCUCUGCGAGUUUAUUGAGAUCGAGUUCUCGGUCCAGGACAGGUAUUACCUCUGUGUGUCAGUGACCAAAACUGAUGAAGUAAAAAUCAUCAUGGUGAAGCACUACAGAGUAGGCCUAGAUGAAAAGUACGAAGUAACAAAAAAGUGGUCUUUGAAUGAUCUUCAGAUGAUUGAUGGAAAAGAAGCAGAUACAGACAAUCCGUUUUUUGACCUGCACUUCAAGAAAGUGUACAGCUUGGAGGCCUACAGCUGUGCCUCUAAGUACUCCUUCGCUCGAACAGUGAACAGGCUGAACCAUGUGUAUCUUAAGAAGGACUUACACCUCGUGAACUUUGAUUCAACUUACAUUAACGAUGACUCCAUUUGGUCCUCCAACAACAAGGACUGCCUGGUCCUCAUGAGAAUAUGCUUUUAUGCUUUCAAUCUUGUGUGCUUGUCCCUGUGUCCCCUGCCACUUUGAAGAUGUAGUCCUUCAUCAAUAUCUGAAGAAAAUGGCUCUCCAAUUGAAUACUGAUAGUCAAAAGUUUGUUUUGCCUCUUCUUCAAUGGCUGUUAUUUAUA